GCCUGGGAGCGGCGGCGCCGGCGCGGGGGGAGGGGAGGCCGGAUGUGAGUGGAGCGGCCAUUUCCUGUUUCUCUGCAGUUUUCCUCAGCUUUGGGUGGUGGCCGCUGCCAGGCUUUAGCUUCCAGUCCGCGGAGGGCGAGGCGGCGUGGACAGCGGCCCCGGCACCCCGCGCCCCGCCGCCCGCAGCCGCGCGUCCGCCCGCCCGCCGCUUUCCGCGCCCGCCGCUUCUCAUCUCAGCGCUCGGCCGCUGCCGCGGCCCCGCGAGCGGCCCAGAUGCAGGCCAUCAAGUGUGUGGUGGUGGGAGACGGAGCUGUUGGUAAAACUUGCCUACUGAUCAGUUAUACAACCAAUGCAUUUCCUGGAGAGUAUAUCCCCACUGUUUUUGACAACUAUUCUGCCAAUGUUAUGGUAGAUGGGAAACCUGUGAAUCUGGGCUUAUGGGAUACAGCUGGACAAGAAGAUUAUGACAGAUUGCGCCCCCUCUCCUAUCCACAAACAGAUGUUUUCUUAAUUUGCUUUUCCCUUGUGAGUCCUGCAUCAUUUGAAAAUGUCCGUGCAAAGUGGUAUCCGGAAGUGCGACACCAUUGUCCCAACACUCCUAUCAUCCUAGUGGGAACUAAACUUGAUCUUAGGGAUGAUAAAGACACAAUUGAGAAACUGAAGGAGAAGAAYCCCGUAGUCUUGGUACGCUUCCCUGACUCCUGA